CGCGGGCGGUUCGGAGGCGGGGCAGGUGGGGGCGGGCCCAGGUAGCAGGUUCGGCUGCGCAGGGGCCGCAGGACUGAGGCAUUUUAUUUGCUGUCUUUUACAGCAUGGACACCAAGUUGCCAAAAACUUGCUUUGGGACUUCCAGUGAAUUUAUUUUUUGGGAUUUUAUGAUAGAUUUACUAGUGGUUCCUUUUUUUGAGUUGAUGUUCUAAAGUUACUAUCACAAUGAGUUCAGGUUUAUGGAGCCAAGAGAAAGUUUCUUCACCCUACUGGGAAGAGCGAAUUUUUUACUUGCUUCUUCAGGAAUGCAGCGUCACAGACAAACAGACACAGAAGCUCCUUAAAGUACCCAAAGGGAGUAUAGGACAGUACAUACAAGACCGCUCUGUGGGGCAUUCGAGAGUUCCUUCUGCAAAAGGCAAGAAAAAUCAGAUUGGAUUGAAAACUCUGGAGCAACCACAUGCAGUUCUGUUUGUUGAUGAGAAGGAUGUUGUAGAAAUAAGCGAGAAAUACACAGAACUACUGCUGGCAAUUACCAACUGCGAGGAGAGGCUCAGCCUCUUUAGAAACAGAAGCCGACUGAGCAAAGGCCUCCAGGUAGACGUGGGCAGCCCUGUGAAAGUACAGCUGAGAUCUGGGGAAGAGAAGUUUCCAGGAGUUGUGCGCUUCAGAGGACCCUUGUUAGCAGAGAGGACUGUGUCUGGGAUUUUCUUUGGAGUAGAAUUGCUGGAAGAAGGUCGUGGUCAAGGUUUCACUGAUGGGGUAUAUCAAGGGAAGCAGCUUUUUCAGUGUGAAGAAGAUUGUGGAGUGUUUGUUGCAUUGGACAAGCUGGAAAUCAUAGAAGACGAUGACAAUGGGUUGGAAAGUGAUUUUGCAGGUCCAGGGGAUACAAUGCAGGUUGAACUUCCCCCUUUGGAAAUUAACUCCAGAGUUUCUUUGAAAGUUGGAGAAACUAUAGAAUCUGGAACAGUAAUAUUCUGUGAUGUUUUGCCAGGAAAAGAGAGCUUAGGAUAUUUUGUUGGUGUGGACAUGGAUAAUCCUAUUGGCAAUUGGGAUGGAAGAUUUGAUGGAGUACAGCUUUGUAGUUUUGCAAGUGUUGAAAGCACAAUUCUCUUGCACAUCAAUGAUAUCAUUCCAGCUUUAUCAGAUAGCGUGACACAGGAAAGGAGACCUCCCAAACUUGCCUUUAUGUCAAGAGGUGUUGGUGACAAGGGUUCAUCCAGUCAUACUAAACCAAAGGUUACAGGCUCUACCUCAGACCCUGGAAGUAGAAACAGAUCUGAAUUAUUUUAUACCUUAAAUGGGUCAUCUGUUGACUCACAACCACAAUCCAAAUCAAAAAAUACAUGGUACAUUGAUGAAGUUGCAGAAGACCCUGCAAAGUCACUUACAGAGCUAUCUCCAGACUUUGGACAUUCGUCACCUCCACCGCAACCUCCUUCCAUGAACUCCUUGUCUUCUGAGAACAGAUUUCACUCUCUACCCUUCAGCUUGACAAAGAUGCCCAAUACCAAUGGCAGCAUUGCUCACAGUCCGCUGUCACUGUCAGUGCAGUCUGUGAUGGGAGAGCUGAACAGUGCACCUGUCCCGGAGAGUCCGCCCUUGCCCAUCUCUUCUGGUAACACACAUGGUCUAGAGGUGGGCUCACUGGCUGAAGUGAAAGAGAACCCUCCUUUCUAUGGAGUGAUCCGUUGGAUUGGCCAGCCACCAGGACUUAAUGAAGUGCUAGCUGGACUGGAACUGGAAGAUGAAUGUGCAGGCUGUACAGACGGAACCUUCAAGGGUACGAGGUAUUUCACCUGUGCUCUGAAGAAGGCACUGUUUGUGAAACUGAAGAGCUGCAGACCUGACUCUAGGUUUGCAUCCUUGCAGCCUGUUUCCAAUCAGAUUGAACGGUGUAACUCUUUAGCAUUUGGAGGCUACUUAAGUGAAGUAGUAGAAGAAAACACUCCACCAAAAAUGGAAAAAGAAGGUUUAGAGAUAAUGAUUGGAAAGAAGAAAGGGAUCCAAGGUCAUUACAAUUCCUGCUAUUUAGACUCAACCUUAUUCUGCUUAUUUGCUUUUAGCUCUGCUCUGGACACUGUGUUACUUAGACCCAAAGAAAAGAAUGAUGUAGAAUAUUAUAGUGAGACUCAAGAGCUUCUAAGGACAGAGAUCGUUAAUCCUCUGAGAAUAUAUGGAUAUGUGUGUGCCACAAAAAUUAUGAAACUGAGGAAAAUACUUGAAAAAGUUGAGGCUGCAUCAGGAUUUACCUCUGAAGAAAAAGAUCCAGAAGAAUUCUUAAAUAUCUUGUUCCAUGAUAUUCUAAGGGUUGAGCCAUUGUUAAAAAUAAGAUCAGCGGGUCAAAAAGUUCAAGACUGUAACUUCUAUCAAAUUUUUAUGGAAAAAAAUGAGAAAGUUGGAGUUCCAACAAUUCAGCAGUUAUUAGAAUGGUCUUUUAUCAACAGUAACCUGAAAUUUGCUGAGGCACCAUCAUGUUUGAUUAUUCAGAUGCCUCGAUUUGGAAAAGACUUUAAACUAUUUAAAAAAAUUUUUCCCUCUCUGGAAUUAAAUAUAACAGAUUUACUUGAAGACACUCCCAGGCAGUGCCGGAUCUGUGGGGGACUUGCAAUGUAUGAGUGCAGAGAAUGCUAUGAUGACCCAGACAUCUCAGCAGGGAAGAUCAAACAGUUCUGUAAGACCUGCAACACUCAGGUCCACCUUCAUCCCAAGAGGCUGAAUCAUACAUAUAACCCAGUGUCACUCCCCAAAGACUUACCUGACUGGGACUGGCGACAUGGCUGCAUCCCCUGUCAGAAGAUGGAAUUAUUUGCUGUUCUCUGCAUAGAAACAAGCCACUAUGUUGCUUUUGUGAAGUACGGGAAGGAUGACUCUGCAUGGCUCUUCUUCGACAGUAUGGCUGAUCGAGAUGGCGGUCAGAAUGGCUUCAACAUUCCACAAGUGACGCCCUGCCCAGAGGUGGGAGAGUACUUGAAGAUGUCUCUGGAGGACCUGCAUUCCCUGGACUCCAGAAGAAUUCAAGGCUGUGCACGAAGACUUCUUUGUGAUGCGUACAUGUGCAUGUACCAGAGUCCAACCAUGAGCUUGUACAAAUAACUGGGUCACCUGAGAGGCGCAUGGACUGAGCAUAGAGCUCAGAGUUGUGUUUUCCCCCAGCUGGUGGUUCGUCUAGUGCCCAUUGCCGGCAAUGGGUGUCUUUGUAGUGAUGGCCCUUCAGCAAAGGAUUCCUGUGUUUCCAAACAAAUUGCUUUUGUGUUUCUGAAAUAUUUAAUAAGAAGCCUUUUGCACUCUAGAAAGUACGUCUGUGUUGUUUUUUUAAAAAGUCUAAAUGAAGUUCUUAAUACCUGAAGCUUUAAGUUAAGUGCAUUGAUUAUAUGAUAUUUUUGGAAGCAUACAAUUUUAAUUGUGAUGUUUAAAACCUCUUUUGGUCCGUUGAGAAUGUAAAUAAAUAUUUCUUCUUUAUGGACCAAGGAUAUGAAAUCAUUUUUCUUUUGUAGCUAAUGGUUGCUUUGAGGAAGAAAUAACUUGGUUUUACACUGAGUCUACCUUUAAUCCAGUUGUUCAAGGUGUACUGAGUUUGACUUGUUAAUUUUUUCCUAUAUAGUGCUGAUCUCCUGCAUGUCUGUGAUCUGCUGAGAUUCUGUGUUUCUGCAGCAGUAGUCAGAAAAUACUGAAAUUCCUUUAAUAGUGUUGUUUUCUAUUUGUUUUGGCUUUGAGAUAAAUGAGUGAUUCUGUCAUAAAAUGUCCAUUUUUGAUGUAAUCUUAUUGGAGGAUUAAGGUACUUAGCACUUAAACCUAAGUCAUAGUAACAACUCAGUCAUAGUAACAACUGUUACCUAGCGGGUUUUUUGUAGGGGUUCUAACUAUUUUGAGGAACAAGGCACAGUAAUUUAUGAAGUGAUUGGAGUGAUGAGUAAAUAAUAUAUUCUUACACAAAUAUAUAGUCCUUAAGAAAAUUCGGCAUAUAGACAUUACUAACAUUUCCCUGAAGAGAUGGAUUACAUAUUUAAAGCUCUCAUUUUAAAAACUUUAUUUUUAAUUUAUUUUAAACAAACCUCUCUUAAUUUAAAUAGCUUGAGAUUUUGUUUGUCAGUGAGCCUUACACCCAUUGGCAUCAGUUUUGUUUCACUUGAGAUAAUGAUCACUCUGAAUCAGGUUCACUACAGGACAGCUAGUGACAACUGCACCCUCCUGAGUGAAGACUUAGGAAUGGACAUUGUCUUAGGGCCUGCCUGGAGCGUGCAUAGACUCUGGAGUAUAAAUGUCAGUGCUAUGGGAUGCAUGUUCUCUGAGUGUUGUUUUGUGGUGUGGUUGUCUUUCUGGACUAAAUUUUCAGCUUUGCAGAAAGACAGAAAAGAUGUUAUAUGUGUAGCAUAUGACUUUAUAAAUAUUUAAUGUCAAAAAGAGAGUCUUUAUAAGCCCUGAAGUUAUUUUUUUAAGACACUUUUACUCCUUGGUUUUAUCAUUCCAUUUACUAGUAUGUAUCAGCUUUAUAAAUCGUAAGGCACCAAAGCUCCCCCAUCUUGUAACCUUUUCACUUUUGCAAUGGAAAGAUACAUACAUUCUGCACAGAGUUUGCUGUAGCUGAAUGCCCAGGCUGGGUUGGGAGGCCAUGGCUGGCUUUGCCUCCAUCACCCUGGGACAGGUGAGGAUGGGGAGCAUCAGGUCUGGGUGGUGUCCUAGCUCUGAUCACCCAGAGUUCAGUUGCCCUGUAAUAAGUAUGUGCUGACUGAGUUCAUUCGUGUGUCUUUAAAAUGUUGACUGAAGAAUGAUCAGGAAUCUGUGUAUAGUCAAGACUGGAUUUAACAGUGGAAGGGGAGUGAGAGAAGGCAGUUCCUUUACUGUAAAAAUGGAAACAGAAUCCGUGCUGGGGGAUAUAACCAUUUGGCUUCCAGAGUAGAAGACUCAAAGAUUGUUCAGCAAAUGGUUCCAGAGUUUUGGGCAUGGAACUUUCUUUUUAAUGAGCAGGACCUUGUCUGUAAACGAUCCUCAGCAAUAUUUCUCCAGGUAGCACUUUGUAGUCAGGGAGGGAUCACACUUUAAAGAGCCCAGCUCCUGUGGCUGGGGAGGCCUGAGAACCACAGGCCAGCUGGGAACUUCUCUCCCCUAUCCCUUCUCAUCAUUCUGAAUAGUCGCUCCUCAUUCCUUGUUCCAACAGAGCCUGGUUUGCCAAGGAGGUGGCAGGGCUGGACUGCAUGGCACACAUGGUCCAUGUGCCCGUUGAUUUAAUCUGUAGUCCUGUUUUCGUAAUACUUCCCUUUUGGCUUCUUAAGUGUUUUGAUUGUUCUUUUUCUGAUUUGUAGCUACAAAGGGAAAAUAUAUGAAAUCAUAUUUAUU